AUGGAGUCUGUUUCAGUCCCUACACUAGUGUCUGGACUUAUUGAUUGCAUGUCCCAGUUAAUAAGAGUAGCUGAAGAGCUUUUGCAGUUUCUUUCACAGGAACAACAAGCUCUUUCUGCACAACAAAAUGGUAGUGCAGAAGAGGGAGGAGCAUGUGCAUCUCCUUCUGAUGAAGAUUCCCUACCAGAUCUUGCUGAAUUCUCUGAUUUAGAGUCAAUACUUUCAGUAAAAGAAGAUGACGACCUAGUUGUUGAUAUGGAUGAAGCUAUGAUAGAUGCAAAUGACGCAAAUGAAGGUAUACCACCUGCCAUACAGGAUGAGUCAGAAAGUGAGAAAGGCCAAUAA